GGUUGGGCAAGAAACGAAGGGAAGGGGAGAGGGUCUGAAGGGACCUGAAAGGAGAAGGGCAAGACGAUGGAACCCGGAAGAGGGUUGAGGGGAGGGGAAGGGGCCGGGGGACCACUGGGGACAAGGGGGAGAGAACUUAAGGGAAACACGCGGAGGACCCAGCUGGGAGACUAGAGGGAGAGUCUGGGGAGACCUGGGAACUGCGGAGAGACAGGGCUGCGGGUCCGGCGAGGCGUUUCCAUUCAGCGAAUGGUUGAGAACCCAGCGUAAAUGCGGCUCCCGGCGUCUGCUGGAUGCCUGCCGGGCGCAGUCCCAGCCAGAGCCCUUGCUCCUGCAUGGCAGAGGCCGUGGAGCCCGCACAUUUCCACCCUGAGAUCCCACAAAUGUGGUUUUGUUUUCCUUUUUUUUUUUCCCCAAUCUACAGCUCCAGGCCCCUCCCUGAGCCGCCCCUCUCCACCAGCCGGGGAGGGGUGGGCGGGGGCCGCUGGGGCGUGGGAGAGGAAGGGCCGUGCUAUUAGGGCGGGCGGGGGCGGGCGGAGGCGGGCGCUGAGGCCUUGGGGUGGGGACCGGGUGAGGGGCCUGACGGCAGAGUCGGUCCAGAACUGCCCGGACAGCGACGCACAGCGAGGGAAACCUGACCUGAGGGACAGAAGAGGAAGGAAGCAGGCUUUGCCACUAAUGUCCGUGCAGAACUCUGGCUGGCCCCACCAAGAAGACAGCCCCAAGCCCCAGGAUCCAGGUCCACCAGCCAACUCAGACAGUGACUCAGGCCACCUGCCGGGGGAGGACCCUGAGGAUACCUAUGCUCAGGGUCCUGCAGUUCUGAGCUUGGGUUCCCUUUGCCUGGACACCAACCAAGCCCCCAACUGGACUAGGCUUCAGACCCUCCUGCAGCAACUCCCUCCGCAGGACAUUGAUGAGCGCUACUGCCUGGCCCUUGGGGAGGAGGAGCGGGCCGAGCUGCGGCUCUUCUGUGCCAGGCGGAAGCAGGAAGCCCUGGGACAGGGGGUAGCCCGCCUGGUACUUCCCAAGCUUGAAGCACACACCUGUGAGAAGUGUAGGGAGCUGCUGAAGCCAGGGGAGUACGGAGUGUUUGCAGCCCGGGCAGGGGAACAGCGCUGCUGGCACCAGCCUUGCUUUGCCUGCCAGGCCUGUGGCCAGGCCCUGAUAAACCUCAUCUACUUCUACCAUGAUGGACAACUCUACUGUGGCCGUCAUCAUGCAGAGUUGCUGCGCCCGCGCUGCCCGGCUUGUGACCAGCUGAUCUUCUCCUGGCGCUGCACCGAGGCGGAGGGACAGCGCUGGCAUGAGAACCACUUCUGUUGCCAAGACUGCGCCGGGCCUCUGGGCGGGGGACGUUAUGCCCUGGCUGGGGGAAGCCCCUGCUGCCCCAGCUGCUUCGAGAACCGCUACUCGGAUGCAGGCUGGAGCUGGGCCGGGGCACUGGAAGGGCAGGCAUUCCUUGGGGAUACUGGACCCGACCGAACUGAAGGAAGGGACCAAACCUCGGUGAACUCUGCAACCCUCUCCCGAACACUCCUUCUCGCUGCUGCCGGCGGUUCCAGCCUGCAAACUCAGGCGGGGCUGCCUGGAUCCAGUCCCCAGCAGGAGAACCGACCUGGGGACAAAGCGGAAGCACCCAAAGGGCAGGAGCAAUGCCGCCUGGAGACUCUUCGUGAUCCCAAGGACACCCCUUUCUCCACCUGCUCCUCCUCCUCUGACUCGGAACCUGAAGGAUUUUUCUUAGGCGAGCGCCUUCCCCAGUCCUGGAAGACCCCCGGAAGCCUCCAAGCAGAGGACAGCAACGCCUCUAAGAAGCACUGCACCAUGUGCUAG